ACGGGCCAUUGGCUGGCCCCGCCCCCACACCAGUGAGUGACGGGCUCGCGAGGGUGGGGCGCAGCCUCCGUUUCCGCCGGACCAUGGGGCCGGUCGUGCUGUCGCCGUCGCUCUUAAUGCUCCCGGCGCUGGUGCUGUUAGCGCUGCUUUGCGGAGUUGGGGGGGCCGAACCCCCGUCGUCGCCCACCACGCAGACCACGCUCUCGCUACCGCACGCCGUGAGGAACGGGAGCCAGCCGGAUGCAUCGCACAACGGCACGCACCCGGGGCCGCCGGGCUCGCCGGGCUCACCGCUGCUGCGCUCCUUCUACGUGCUCACGGGCCUCAGUGGGCUGGUCGCGUUUUACUUCCUCAUCCGGGCUUUCAGGUUGAAGAAGCCCCAGCGGAGGAGUUACGGCCUCCUGGCCAACAUGGAGGACCCCACCGAGAUGGCCUCUCUGCACAGCGACGAGGAGACGGUUUUUGAGACUAGGAAUCUGAGAUGGUUUCACGUGGGCACGGCAGACGACGGCGGGGGCUACACCGUGGAGGUGAGCAUCAACGACUACCUGGACAUAUACUGCCCGCACUACGGGGCGCCGCUGCCGCCGGCCGAGCGCAUGGAGCACUACGUGCUGUAUAUGGUCAACGGCGAGGGCCACGCCUCCUGCGACCACCGACAGCGCGGCUUCAAGCGCUGGGAGUGCAACCGGCCCGCGGCGCCCGGGGGCCCGCUCAAGUUCUCCGAGAAGUUCCAGCUCUUCACGCCCUUCUCGCUGGGCUUCGAGUUCCGCCCGGGCCACGAGUACUACUACAUUUCUGCCACGCCACCCAAUGCUGUGGAUAGGCCGUGCCUGCGUCUGAAGGUUUAUGUGCGGCCCACUAACGAGACCCUGUACGAAGCCCCUGAGCCCAUCUUCACCAGCAAUAACUCGUGCAGCAGCCUGGGCAGCUGCCAACUAUUCCUCAGCACUGUCCCCGUGCUCUGGACCCUCCUGGGCUCGUAGUCCCGGCCUACAGGAUGCCGGCCUCACCUGGCCGGCCGCCUCCAAGACCAAAUAGAGACGCCUGCCUCUGCCACGACUGGUGCUGCCCCCACCUGCAGGGGGCCAUCCACCCACCCCAGGACCAGCCUCAGGGGAAGGGUGCAGCCGCAGACCCCAAUGCCCAAGGGAGCCGGUGUCAGCAUAGCCCCUGGACAGGCCAUCUAACCAGGGCCACUGGAGAGCCUGAGACCCUGUCGACGAUGUUGGUUUUUUAUUUUAGUGUAUUUUUCAUGGUUGGAUCAGAGACUUGCAUUUUUAAUUUAAUUUAUUCCUUGCUGUUGCCAGUGACUUUAGGAAGGAAAUAGAAUGGAUGGGGCAGGGUUCCCUGGUCCCCUGGGGAAUGGGGAUCUGGGACCUCUAGUCCAUUUGUUGCGUCCUGGCUGGGAGGCCUCUGUGGACCCCCCAGGUGCCCCAGGACAGGCCAGCCUGAGGUAGAAAGGGCAAGGUGAGACCCCUGGAUUCUGGUCCAGGUAUCUGAACCCAUCUCAGACCCCUGUCCCCCAGCCCCACCCUCUUCGUGCCUGGUGAUCGGCUCUCAGAGUGUUUCACCAGAGGCCACUGUGGAGUCCCAGCCCCUCCGAAUCAUAGCACCCCACCCCCUCCCCCAGCUUCACAUGAUUGUUCCUGAGGCCAAGAAGACAUUACAUUUCUGUAAAUACAGCCAGCAAGUAUAUACUGUGAUUUAUUUUUACUGUAUUCCUGAGGGCGGACUGGACAAUUUCUUUUUCCCCCCACCUCUUCAUGGGGGCAAGGGGCUUUUAUUUUAGCAGGGGGGUGGGGUGGGGUGACUUUUUAGAGUAGAAGCUGCACUUCGCAAUAAGCUUGUUGUCUGUCAGACCCCCCCCCCCACUCUGACUAAUAAUGUUUAUAAGAAAAAAGAAAACAAGAUAAAACAAAAUGAAAUGAGGGGUGGGACCACCACCAAAAAAAAAAA